AAACAAAGUGAUUUUUUUUUAUUCGUCUAGUGGUUGACCUUGCCCGUUUAAGCAAUGAAAUAUGUGAAAACUAAUUUGCGCAACAAAAUGCACGAUGAAUUUUUCAUUGAUUGCAUAGCUAUUUUAUUUGUGAGAGUAUGCUAUAGAUACGGAUGGAGAUUAUAUUAUUGAUGGGAUUUGCCAAAUUAAAAAAACCUUCUAUUAUAAUUGGCAUUGUAAUUAAUGAAACUAUAGUUAUUAUAUUUUUUUGGGUAAAUACAAUUUAUUAACCAAACCUUUUAGACUUUCCAAAUUAUUAGACAAACCUUUCGAAAUAUAAAAUAUUAGCUAAAUCUUUUGUAAAGCAUCAAAAUAUUAGUCAUUUGUCUGUUAUCGUUGGUAAUUUUAUAACUAAUUUCUCAUUUGAAAUACUAAAUUUGGGAAUGUUAACUAUUUUUGUUUACGACAUCUAAUAUUAUAUUCAAAUGCGGCCCAGUGCUUUACUAUGUUAUGGAUCUGCCUCUGCAUAUUGGUAUGUUCAUACCAUCAUGGUACACUUUCUUACCAUAUGGUAUUAAAUAAGAGCAUAAGAGCAUACCAUAUGGUAAUGAUUGGUAAAAAAUUAUUCAAUUUUUUUUUGUACUAAAAAUAUAUCAAAGUUGAUAUCGAGCACAUUUAAUCUUAUUUGUCUGUGAAAAAAAAUUAAAUUUUGACUCAAAACGAGAGAAAAAUUGUCCGUUAAAAAUUAAAGGGAAUUAAUAAAAGACUUUCAAAGGAAGAGAAUAUACUUAUGUCAUGCUGAUGUGGACAAAAUCAGCGGAUAAAAAAAGUAAAACUAAUGAAGCCGUUACACAGCUAUUAAGCUCGCAGUUCACGCUGCUUAACCAUCUCAAUGCCACCUCAUCCCGCACAUUUUUUUUUACCUCCGUUCCUCUUUUACCCCUAUCCUACCUAGUACCUACCUUCCUUCCAAAGUACCUAGUUCGAACAAGGUAAAACAACAAACGGCGACACGCUCGGUAAAAAGGUAAAAACACACUGAUUCAUUCCACUAUCUAACACUUUCGCACCGACUCCGUCUCUCACUCACUCUAAACCAGGCAAAGGGCCAAAACAUAGCCAACACCCAAAUUUCUCCUCCACCGCCACGGCACGGCAGCAAUGGAUGGCCGAUCAACCACCCGAAUUUCCAUCCAAAUCCCCAAACCCGACAGCCGAUUAUCAGUUCAGCACCAGGGCGAGGAUCACACCCCCGCGGCGCUGCUUCCGAUUGAGCCGCCCAAUCAAAUCGUCUGCUCCCUCGCCGCCGCCACCGCACAUUCCUCGUCGUCCCCGUCCCCGCGUUUCCAGUUACCCGAAGGCUGGAUCAUCGAGGAGCGACCCCGUCGGACAAUUCUUCCUGGAGGAACCCUCGCCGACAAGUAUUACAUCGAGCCAGGGACUGGAGGAAAGCGGUUUCGUUCACUAUCAGCUGUAAAAAGAUACCUUACGCAAGGGGAAGAAUGUGUAGCUAACCGCAGGGCAAUCAAGCAGAGAUAUGAGCAGAACAAUAUGCAAAUUGUUCCUAGUAUCUCGGACGGCAGCUCGCAACUGGGUCUACCUUGUGGUUGGCUUGUGGAGUCGAGGCCAAGGAGGGAUGCAAGUAGGUUUGACAAGUAUUACAUUGAGCCAGGGACUGGAAGGCGGUUCCGUUCCCUACCAUCUGUACAGAGACACAUAACAGGAGGUAAAGAAGCUGCAAAGCCAAAGAUGAUCAAGCCAAGAUCUGACCAGGACAAUAUGCAAAUUGUUCCCAUUGUCACCGAUAUCAGCUCGGAAAUGGGUCUACCAUACGGUUGGCUUGUUGAGUUAAGGAGACGUAGGGAUGGAAGUAAAUAUGACAGGUAUUACAUUGAGCCAGGAACUGGACGGAAGUUCCGAUCUCUGGUGUCUGCUCAGAGACACAUCACACAAGACGACGACCUUACAGCUACACUCAAGGCUAUAAUAUCAGUCGAUGAUUAUUCUACUGGGAAUACGUUCACUGGGAAGCUGAAAAUCAAACGCUUAGCAGAUGUAGGAAACAAUGACGCACUACCCAUGCCACAGCAUUCAGACACCAAACCCCUGGUGGAUGUGAAGGAGACCGGAGCACUGAGAAGACCCGGUCUUCCCACAUCACCAACACGAGUGAAGUGGGUUUUCGAUGGUCAGGGCGAAAAUACUUGGAGACCUUCCAUCGAUGACUCUCUGGUGCCUAAUUCUGAAAUACACGAGUGGUCCGAAGCAUUUGUGAUGAGCAUGGACUCUCAAUGACCAUAUUUUGAAGAAUUUCUAGCGGGAAAAUGUGGUGGAGGUAAGUGGAAUUCUUCCCAAGACGUUUUCGUGAUAGCUGUUGCUCAUGUGCUGUUCUUUUUCUUCAAGUUUAGUAUCAUUAAGUCGAAUGCAUUUGCAGUCUGUCUUCCCUCUCUCGACAUUUUAUAAUUACUUAGUUUCCAACUUCUUGCAUGCAGGCGGUGGUGAAAAAUGCAGAGAUUACCUCCCCUCUCCCCUCGUUGUUUGUCCAGUUUUCAGGAAGCGAUGACUUUGGUUAGAUCCGAAUGGUUCGACUUUGUACAGUUUUGGACAGAAGAUGGCUUACCUCGGGUGUAUUAAAAGGAAUAACGCGUUCCUGCUCCAACUGACUGCAGAGAUGCUAUUAGCCACUACCUCUACUUGCAACUCCCUUAAUUAUUCAUUCCCGCAGCUCGCAAUGUAUUGUGAUCUUGAACUUUCAGGUGCGAGCAAGACAAAUAAUUAAGCAAAUGACAGAAAUUCCAUCUUAGCUCGCAAUGUCUUACUCUUGCCUACCUUUCUUUUACAAAGCUGAGUAAUAAGGAGGAAAGCAAAAGACCUCUUUGCUCCUUCAUGGUCUUCCUUCAUCCUUUUCCCCCUUCUUUUUGUGCCAUAGAUCUUCCUUCUUUCCUCCUUAUUUCUCUCUAUUCGUCUAUAAUGGUCCAUGAAACCGUACCGGAGACCGUACCGGAAAAGUCAGCGAUAGGGUAUUUUAUGACAAAAUCGUGGUUUAAUCGUAGUUUAACCGUUAGUACGUUAAAUACCGCUUAUCGGUUUAGCCUCCGAUACUGGUAUUUUGUAGUUGAACCGUCGGUACAGUACGGUUUAAUGGACCAUAGUACUUUAAAGAAGCAAAAAUCUCCUUGGAACCGCCCAACUCGAUUGCAACUCGCAACCCCAAGGUAUUUGGAGUGGAAAUUGGAGCUUGCAAAACCAAUGGCAGGGAUAAUCAUAUCGCUUUCUCCUUCACUCACAAUGAGUUAUUUGGACGCAAAUAAUUCGUUUGGCAACGUUUUACUGAAAGGAGUUAUUUGGACAGUGAGUUAUUUACAAAUAACUCAGAACGAGUUAUUUGAAAUAACUUAUACCCAUGUGUUAUUUAGAAAUAACUCGUUUUAUCACUCUGCUUUUACCAAAUGCCACAUGUCAAAACCACAUUUGCAUGGUUCAACCAAACGAGAUACUUUAUUUCAAUUACCACUGAAAUCAGUGGCGGAUUCAGAAAAUUUUCACAGGGGUGUCCUCUUCAAAAAUUAAAUUUAAUUAUAUAAUAAAUUAAAUAAUUCGUA